CACAAAAAGAUGUGGUUUUCACAGUCUAUAUGUAUGAGCGACUUGAGAGGAAGAUGAGUCAAUUAUGCCUAGAUAUAGAAAUUAAAAUCUCGUAUUAUACAUUCAAGAAGUUAAUAUCUAAUUUUGAAAAGUCUUUCUCACUAUUGAGAACAGUUUGCAAUUAUCUAGAAGAGUGUACAUGAUCUUCCACAUGCUAGCAUCAAUGAAUUGAUUAUCAAUAAAUCAUAUUCCCUUUAGCCUCCAUAUCUUUUCUCUCUAUAUCAACAAUACAGCCAUGAGGCACAUCCAAGUCCUACAGUUGUGUCGGGAGAAGUUUCGUUACUACGUCGUCUUCACCCCCUCCAUCUUUUUCAUCUUAGGCCUCAUAUUCAGCUACAAGUUAGUGGAGAAGACAUUUCUUAACAUUUUGAUCACGCGUCUCAUCGAGGCGUGGGGGGAGGAGGAGUACGACCUCCGAAAAGGUGUAGUGGUAGUCAAUUUGCAGGAAGGAACAAGCGCAGUUCUCGUUGUGCUGUUCUGUUAUGUUGCCGACGUGUAUACUGGCUACUUCCAGAUGGUGGUUAUCUCUACAGCAGUUUCCAUCAUCGGACUGUUACUCAACUAUCUGGCGGCUGGAAAUGACGAUAGUGGACAGCUUAAGUUGCGGUUAUUCUACCCUGCGUUGGGGCUAAUGGCUUUGGCGCAAGCGGCACAGACUGCAACGCUGCAAGCGUUUCUUGACGACCAGCUUAGGCCGAUGGAUCUCGACGAGGAUCUAAGACAACGACGUUCCGAAUUCUGGUGGAUUCUGGUCUCCUUUGUGGCAGCCAUUUUCGCUCAGUUUGGGCCUUUACCGGGAUUUCACUUCAAGAAACUCGCAAUAGUUCUUAUAGGUGUGGUGGGUGGUUGCGUCUUAGUGUUCAUGUUGGGUACCAAAUACUACUAUAUGGUCCCCACAAUUCCGAACCCCUUUAAAGAAGUUGAGAACGUCAUCGCCAGAGCCAUCGCUAACAGAAAUCUCGAGUAUACACUAACUACAGAGCCUCACGUUCCAUGGUUGAGGUGGUUAGACAAAGCCGCGGAGGCAGGCAGUUGGAACAGCGUUGAACAAGUGAGGAGUGUGAAGCUUUUGUUGAAGAUGCUUCCAUUGUGGUCUUGUUUCCUCUCUGUAAGCCUGGUCGCUGCUUUAGAGGACACCUUCUUCUACGAAGAAGCCAUCUACAUUUACGACGAAGAUGAUAUACGUCCCAUUAUCUUCUUCGCCAAUCUGGUUCGAUUCACAGAGUUCGUGGUUUCACAAACGUCCAGCUAUGUCGUCAGAAAACUUAAAGAGAGAAAGAAAUUCAGCCAGCAAAAGAUGGAGCUGACGAGGAUCGGCAUCGGACUGUCGUGCUGCGUGCUGUGCUGCAUCGUAGCUUGGGCGACUGAGACGCGCCGCAAGCAAUGGGCGGCUGAAAAUGAACGAGGUAAUAAACUGAUAGUAUACUGGCUAGUUCCGCAGUACUUUUUACUAGGGCUAAUUUGGGGAUUCGCCAGAGAUGGGCUUUACUCUUUCUACCAAUCUCAGGUUUCUGAGAGUUUGUCGAGAUUUGGGCCGCCAUUUGUGGAUUUUGUGAUGGGGGUUGGUAGAUUUAUGAGCCUACUCUGCGUCCUCAUCUUCAGCAGGAAGCCUUUCAAAUGGUUUCAGAUUGAUAUAGACAGCAGUCGCCUCGACAAGUAUUAUAUUUUGCUGGCAGUUUUGAGUUUCGUGAAUGCUGUAAUCUACUGUUUGGUUGCGUGGUGGUAUGGAGACGACGCCUUCCUAUUGGAUGAUGAAGAAAACGUCAGUCUUCCUCAACAAGUUGGUACUGCUCCUCGAUCUAUUGAGGGUCAAAAGGAACAGAGCAGUUGUGCAGAUAAGAUAUCAGAAUCCAGCAAGAUUAAUGAGGUAGAGGUGGAAAAUGACGAGGCGAAGGGCAUUGCUUCAUCCAUCGAGGGGCAACGCAUCUCUCGUCGAACUGUUUCCAAGCCCAGAGAGAGUAGUUCUGGAGAUGUUAUAACAGAAAGCUCCAGCUCCAGACAAGAAGAAGAAGAAGAAGAUGAAGAUGUGUUACGACGCGCAGUGAAGAAGUUUAAGCGUCUAAUCUCGAGGGCAGCCCGCAGACGCUCCUCCGACUCAACGCUGUCCAAGAAUCAAUGAAUAUUGUAACAGUUUCUUGUUAGCUUCAAAGACAGAGUGUCUACGUGGAAAGACAUAUUAGUUUAAAAUUUGUUUGGGUCAAAAUCUUAGGGCGGUUU